CAAGUGGUGACCCUCGACGUCCCGGGUGCGGCUGCCCCACCAGCUUGUUCCUGCUGCGGAGCGACACCCCCUUUCCCUUUUCGUCGCGGAGUGGCAGAAGCCCAGGUCGGGGGGGAAGUGGCCAUUCCCCUCCGUUGGGACUAUAUCACCGGGUGCCGACUGAGUCGGUGGCGCAAUGGAAGCUGUCAAAAGGUACUCUUUUCCUUCUGCAAAUCUCUCUUCCCUAAACACGCCCCUUCUAAGAAGGAGCUUACUUCCCUUCUUGUUUUAUUGGAGAGGGAGGGGUUGCUGGCGACACCCUCGGACAUUUAUGAGCCGGAUAACUGGGAGGGCAUUACCUCAGCGCUAUCUCACCGAGCCCUCACUACCCAAAAAACCUCAGAGUUUAAAACCUGGGGGUUGGUAUUGGGAGCACUGAAAGCCGCCCGCGAUGAAAAACUGGCUAACCAGCGGGCUAAGGAUCUCUUGGGGAUUGAUCCGGGGGGGUGCAGUUCCUUGGGGUCGGGGCCCGGGGGGGGGCGGCUCUGUUCUCUCUGCAGGCUCAACUGUGGAGGGGACAGCGUUGACUCCAUCGGCUCCGCCCUGUACUUCGAGAAGCGGCACGUCCACAGAAGUUGCUCGAUCCCUCGUGCAGCACCAGCCUUCACCGCCACUUCUGUCCCGGACCGUUAACCACCCUCCACCCCCUUAUCCAGCCCAUACCCUAUAUCCUUCCCUACAAGACGCCGGGGGGGGAGGCGGGGACAUUGAAAAGAAC